AUGUCUAGCAGCCGAAAAAGUCCUGGUCCAGGUGCUUAUGACCCUAAAAGUGAGGUUGAAAAAGGCAGAUACAGUUUAAGCGCUUUUAAAAAUGCAGGAAUUACGACUUUUUCACCACUAUCAUCGCCAAGGUUUCCGAAGAUCAAAAAAAUUGACUGCCUGGUUGUGGCGCUUACUAUAAUAGUGAAGAUUUCUUGAAGUCUGGGUAUUAUUUGUCGAAAUUUCAGCCUACAGGGAACAGAGCUUUCCCGAUCUCUAAUAGAGAUUCGUCUCCAACCUCAGGGUUUUGGAACACUCCAGGGCCUGGGAGCUAUAGGCUUCCAAGUGAAUUUGGGUAUAUGAAAGCAAAAUAAAGCGCUAGAUAAGAGACAAAAUACUCAGUCUAUGCCAAAUUUGAAAUCUCAAGGACACCUACAUCGAGUCAGAAGCCAAAGCCUGUUACAAGGAAUUAAAUAG